AUGAUGCAAAUGAUUCAAGUUAAAAAGGCUGGAAUGGCAAAAUACAAUGGUGAGAUUUGUCCCAAUAUUCAUGACAAACUUGAGAAGUUGAAGAUGGAAUCAAGGAAUUGCUUUGCAACCUGGUGUGGACAAUUGGAAUUUGAGGUUGAUCAUUUUCAGAGGAGGUACAUAGUGGACCUAAGUACUAGGACAUGCAGUUGCAGGAGAUGGGAUUUGUCUGGUUUGCCUUGUAGUCAUGGCAUCAGUGUCAUUCAAAUCAAUCUUGAGCAGUCAGAAGCCUAUGUGCAUGAGUAUUAUAGCAAGUCUAGGUACUUGGAUACUUAUGCAUUCACGAUACACCCAGUUCCAGACAUGCAUAAGUAUGAGGAAUGUGGCCAGAAAUUAAAUCCACUAGAAGCAAAGAAAUUAACAGGCAGACCAAAGAAGUUAAGAAAUAGACAAGCAGAUGAGCCAAGAAAUCCACACAAGGCAUCAAGGAAGAGCAUCAAUGUGACAUGUGCUAAGUGUUUGCAGAAGGGGCACAAUCAAAGGUCAUGCAAGAACAAAUUGCAUCCUAAGUCCAAAAUGAGAUCUACUAGUGGGCAAUCAUCUCAACCUGUAUCAACUCCUACUCCUACUCUAACUCUAACAACAAACAUCCUGUCGUGA